AUGACAGGCAAAUCAACCGUCUAUCGAUUCUUCUACACUACAUCCUUCACCAUCCUUUCCGUUAUUCUCUUUGUCCUUACAUUGUUAACACCCGGAGAUAUUAUCUACCAGUCUUACACGAGCCAUCAGAUCCGUAAUAUCUUUGCCAUCACCAGUGUCUACAUAUUCACCCUUCUGCUCGUCAUCUUGAUAUACGCCAGCCGCAUCUUCACCAACCGCAGCAUUAUAGCCGGGAUACCCAAGGCAUGGAUUCCCGUUGAGAAGCCUGAUGUGAAGAAAAGUGUGCGUCGCCUCGUUGUCGAGGGUCUGACGAGAAGCGCCAUUAUCGCACAGCAAGCCCGGCCGAGGGAUCGGUCAGGGGAAGAUAACAGCCUCUCAGACCAAAGUCUGACUAUUUCCGUGGACGGACCACCACCUUGGGGGGUCGUGGCUCAUCCGGGGUGGACUGCUCCGGAUUGUGAAGAUUUACCUGGGCAGGAGUUUGAGCCCGUUAUCAAGGAAUUGCCGCAUUUGAUCGAGGCAAAAGCCGUGUCUCUGGCUCCCACCGAUCCGAGAUUCCUACCGUUGGAACAUGGUCGAAGCCUGGAUUAUUCGAAUGCCCAUGAAAAUGUCGAGCACACGCCGGAUGGGCGUAUCGUUAAAAUUCUACAACGGCCUUUGUCGAUGUGUUUACGGGAUUAUAUGAAUCACUUGGACGAGUUGGGGCUGAUUAAUCCUCCGCAUUUGGGAGAUUCUUUCCUGAAACUCUACGAAAAAUCUCGGUUUUCAUCACAUCCACUGACAGAGACCGAGUUUCGCGCCAUGAUGGGAACGUUUGCUGAGAUUCUUCGUGGCAUGACGAUGCUGAACCCGGAAAUUGUUGCUAGCGCGCGGAUGGAAGGAUGCUCUGAUGACAUGGCUUCAUUCAGUGGACGGUCAGGUUCAAAUACGGGGUCAUCUUUGUCUUUUGCUUCAGUUCGACGAACCGUCAGUGGGCCUUAUCGGUUUCCGUCUUUUAGUUCGUCGGGAAAGGCGAGCUUUAGAUUGCGUGGUGGGUUUGAUCGGCAGAGCUUUCGAAGUCAAAGUCGGACGCCAUCCACGAAAUCUAUUUGA